AUGUCAAGCAAUCACAGCUCCUCGGGGCACCAGGUUGGGUCUCCUCCCAGACGUAGUCUUACUCCACACAUCAGCACCCCAAGAGCUGCCGGCAGACUGAAUGGGUCCACGGAUACCUCAUCUCCACUUUCAUCCCCGCUCAGCCUGUGUUCUCCCUCCGGCCCACCCUCCUCCUUCAUCUCACCCAUUCCUCUGGAACGAACCACACAGUGCAAUGUCACCUCCAGCCCAUCUCCCGUCCCUCAUUUUACCAGUGAAGGUGUCUUUUCCAAUACGACGAUGGGAUGCAGGCCGCCGGAAGCCUCUAGUGGCCAACAGCAAACUAUCUCAUCGUCCAGUGGCCGCUCAAAUUCCUUCUCCCAACGGAUCGUGAGAGAUGGGCAGGUGAUCAUUACCAACUCCGAUGAGGAUACAGACUCGCUCUCAGAUCUAGAAACCGCAGACGAUCUGUUGAAUAAAUUUCUGAAACCGAUUCCUGGCUCAGCUCCCUCCACUUCAUCCCCCACCAAGGCUCAAAAUGGUAGGGAUGAUGAUAACCGCAGCGGAGCUAGGAGAUCGCGGCAACCCUAUUCAGGCCUUAGCUCUCUGAAAUCCAAGGAUUCAAUAAAUCUACCCAAAUAUCAAUUUUCUCUUGACACUCUUGUUGAGGAUGCUGCCAAUGACAAGAGAACAGAGGCCAAAGUUGCAAAGAUAAAAAAGAGCCUCCAGCCCAAAGCUCCAUCGGAUAAGGGUCGUGGAGUGCUGCGUGAUGAUCUGCUCGCUGCAGCUGUGGAGGAUGAGACGGAUACCAAGGGGAUUCAGCGACUCAGAGAUGCUGUUGAAAGAACAGAAAUGUUUGCGAUAGGGAGAAACUGGCUGUUCUUCGAAGAGGACCCACCAGCUGUAGCGCAGCCUAAGUUUCCCUCUAAGUCCGUAGCGCCUGGGACCUGGCAGGUUAAUUUGAAAGAUCCUUCUUCUCGCGGUCGAGCAUUUUUCUCAGGGAUAGUUGCGGAUUCGUUGUCGAGCAACACUCUGCCGGAUGAGAUACUGCUGUGGAUUCUACAAGCUGUCACGACGGAGCAAGACGAUUACUUGCGAAUGUCAUAUAGCAAUGUAUUAAUUAAUUCCACCUCGAGACGUAUAUCAUCGCUCAUAAACCCAUCCCGUAUCGAUCAGCUUUUCCAAAGACUUGGGGCAAGGCCAGCCGCGCUUGCUCUAUCCAGCAGCCUAGAGCCCGACUAUACAAUUUCCGAUGAAUAUCGGGUUCGAGAUCAUAAAUAUCUAUUAUCAGCACUCCAAAUAAUACACGCGCUAUCAGAAAAGUUCGACGACAACACCCGCGAAUAUGUACUCAAGGUCAUUCUUCGACUUGCCAUAGAUGAAGGAGUCAUGACGGACUGUCUUGUCAGCCUAGAAGUACAAAAGAUCAUAACGAGCCUGCUGGGAGCUCCAGACAAAAUCUCAGACCUAAUACUCUACGACAUAUCCCUCCACCUCUUCAAAACAGUAAAACACCCCGAACUCCAAAUCCAACUCCUCAAAAACAUCCUCCCCAUGAGCUCUCGCAUCGCCCUCUUCCGCUGCCGUCUCGCCUGGGCCUACUUCUACCAGGACCCCUCCCCCCUGGACAAACCCCAAGAACACCUCUUCGACCUCCCCCGCCUAACAGCCUACCUUCGCCACGACAAACGCUUCGACUCAAACGCCCCCCGCAACAAUCCCCAAACCCCCUUCAAUUUCUGGGAACUGCACGCCCUCACCUGCAUCCUAGACAUAGCCAUCGACUCCGGCACGACAAAGCCAUCCUUCAGCGGCGGUCGGGAGAGCGAGUUCAAUGCCACCGUGGACGGACUGGCGGAUGUCAUCAAGGCGAUAUUCUCUGCGAUUCGAGAUUCGGGGGCGUCGCAUUUGCGCAGGUCGGAGGCGAGGGAGAAUUUGCAGGCGUUGUAUUAUCGGCUUGCGUUUGGGGUGAGGACGAGGCCGCGGCCGGCAAAGGCGUUGUUUGUGAAGGGAGAAAGGGCGGUGGAAAAGCGUCAGAAGACGCUCACUGAGCACGUUAAGGUGGUAGGGGAUGGUGGUUCAGGUCGGCUUGAAGAUAAAGGGGCCCGUUGA